AUGACCACUCUUCGGGUACUGCUGCACGUUGCUGCUCACCGUGACUACGAGCUGCACUCUCUCGACUUCAGCACAGCUUUCUUGCAGGGCAGUUUGCACGAGGAGAUCUGGCUGCGUCGCCCACCUGGCUUCACUGGGUCUUUCCCUCCUGGUACCCAGUGGAGUCUCCGGCGUCCAGUCUACGGUCUCCGCCAGGCGCCACGUGAGUGGCACGACAAACUGAGGACUACGCUUGCGGCACUUGGGUUUGCUCCUUCUACUGCCGACCCGUCGCUGUUUCUGCGCACCGACACCUCUUUGCCGCCGUUCUACAUUCUCGUGUACGUCGACGACUUGGUCUUUGCCACAGCGGACACUGCUGGACUCGCUUACGUGAAGUCCGAGCUGCAGAAGAGACACACGUGCACUGACCUGGGUGAACUGCGCAGCUACCUUGGCUUGCAGAUCACCCGGGACAGAGCACGCCGCACCAUUACCCUGACUCAGUCACACAUGGUGCAGCAGGUCCUUCAGCGCUUCGACUUCACGUACUCCUCGCCUCAGGCCACUCCUCUGCCUACUCGCCACUCGCUCUCAGCUCUGCCUUCGGAUGAGUCCGUAGAGUCGAAGCACAUGGCUGCAGCGAAGUGGGUGUUGCGCUACUUGUGCAGUACGUCGAGCAUGGGGCUAGUGCUUGAAGGGCGCAGUCUAGCGGUCCUCACUGGGUACGCGGAUGCUUCUUGGGCUGACGACCAGGCUACACAGCGGUCGUCACAGGGUUACACCUUCAGCCUUGGUUCCGGCUCUGUCUCGUGGCGGGCUACUCGCUCGUCUUCUGUUCUCGGCUCCAGUUGUGAGGCUGAGAUCUACGCCGGGGCUAUGGCUGCUCAGGAGCUUCGCUGGCUCACCUACCUGUUGACCGACCUUGGAGAGCCGCCUCGUUCUCCUCCAGUCCUGUACGUAGACAACAAGGCCAUGCUGGCCUUGUGUCGAGAGCAGCGACUGGAGCACAGGACAAAGCACAUUGCUCUCCGCUACUUUCUUGCUCGUGAGCUGCAGCAGCGUGGACAGUUGCAACUUGCGUACGUGGCCUCUGAGGCCAACACUGCUGAUGUCUUCACCAAGGCACUUGCGCCUUGUGAUCAUCAGCGUUGCUGCACGCAGCUGGGUCUUGUGCCUGUCUUGUCUCACUUGCUCACUUCUUGA